AUGAAUACAUUUUUGAAAGGAAAUGACUUGGAAAUCAACGCUUACCUGGAUAGCCUUAGUCUACACCAGUCUUUUGAGGAGGAUGACACUGAAGAUGAUGAGAUCCUGAACCCCUCAGGAUCGGUGUUACAGCCUGCCAGCAACCCUUACAACAAGCAGAGAAAGAUAGCAGAGGCCAACGAGUCACUGUUUGCAGAGGGAGUAAUAGCCAAGUCUCCCAAGAUGCCUGCCAGCAACCCUUACAACAAGCAGAGAAAGAUAGCAGAGGCCAACGAGUCACUGUUUGCAGAGGGAGUAAUAGCCAAGUCUCCCAAGAUGGUGAAGUUCAACUUACCUGCCAGCAACCCUUACAACAAGCAGAGAAAGAUAGCAGAGGCCAACGAGUCACUGUUUGCAGAGGGAGUAAUAGCCAAGUCUCCCAAGAUGGUGAAGUUCAACUUACCUGCCAGCAACCCUUACAACAAGCAGAGAAAGAUAGCAGAGGCCAACGAGUCACUGUUUGCAGAGGGAGUAAUAGCCAAGUCUCCCAAGAUGGUGAAGUUCAACUUAGUGAAUAGAGGCGUUUACAGUUACAGUGAACCCCUCAGGAUCGGUGUUACAGCCUGCCAGCAACCCUUACAACAAGCAGAGAAAGAUAGCAGAGGCCAACGAGUCACUCCUGCCAGCAACCCUUACAACAAGCAGAGAAAGAUAGCAGAGGCCAACGAGUCACUGUUUGCAGAGGGAGUAAUAGCCAAGUCUCCCAAGAUGGUGAAGUUCAACUUAGUGAAUAGAGACGUUUACAGUUACAGUGAACCCCUCAGGAUCGGUGUUACAGCCUGCCAGCAACCCUUACAACAAGCAGAGAAAGAUAGCAGAGGCCAACGACCUGCCAGCAACCCUUACAACAAGCAGAGAAAGAUAGCAGAGGCCAACGAGUCACUUUUUGCAGAGGAAGUAAUAGCCAAGUCUCCCAAGAUGGUGAAGUUCAACUUAGUGAAUAGAGGCGUUUACAGUUACAGUGAACCCCUCAGGAUCGGUGUUACAGCCUGUCAGCAACCCUUACAACAAGCAGAGAAAGAUAGCAGAGGCCAACGAGUCACUGUUUGCAGAGGGAAGACGUUUACAGUUACAGUGAACCCCUCAGGAUCGGUGUUACAGCCUGCCAGCAACCCUUACAACAAGCAGAGAAAGAUAGCAGAGGCCAACGAGUCACUGUUUGCAGAGGAAGUAAUAGCCAAGUCUCCCAAGAGGGUUAAGUUCAACAAGGUAGAGAAACGGAUUUGCUACGACUACUUUGGUAGCAGUUUUGAGUCAGAUUCAAUAAAAUCAUAUGACGACGAUGAAAGUGAGAAAGAAAGCUUGUUGCAAACCAGUAAUAAACAAAAGAGUGAACUUGUUUUGGAACUCAAAGGUAAUAAUCUACAACCACAAAACCACGCUAACAAGGUUAUAGUUACGUUGACUCCAAAGAGAGAAGAAAGUAAGCCUACAAAAAUUAUCGAGGUGGAAGAUCACGAGUCAGAGAGUGAAGACGUGUGUGUUGGAACAAUCAAGAAAAUUGAUGAGCCUGUUAAAGAGUCAGAUGGGACAGAAACCUUGGACUCUAAACAAUGUGAAGAAACUAAUGAGGACACUGGAGAGACUGAAACAGUAGAAAGUGAAGAAGAUAAAGAACCCGUUUUGGCCACAACAGAUAGCAACAAUGAAAUUGAAGUAAAUACGUUCAGUGAAAAUAAAACAAAUUGUUUAGAGGAAUCAUCAAUUUUGAAGUGUAAUGAUAAAGAAUCUAAAAAUGAUGACAAUUGUGAAGAGUCCGUAGUAUACCCAGAGACUUUGGAUCACAAGUACAAUAGCUAUAAGAAUACAAACAAUUUUUAUCCUUGUUUGAAAAAUCAUUCCGGUAUCACCAUAAGAAUCACUGGAGCUGACAGUAUAGAGUCAGUCGAGUCCGAGAGCUCAAACAACGAACUAGAGAUAGUGGAAAAUUGCGAUGACUAUCAAAAUAUGUUAGAAUACCAACAAGAGAGUACCUUUGCAUUAUCAAAAUAUAUGAGAAAUAAUAACAUUAGAACACAGGAGAUUGCGAUAAAAAAGAAGCAGACGUUUAUUUUAAAAGGCACCAAAUCUCCUCAGAACGUGAGGUCACCUCGGCCGAGUAAAAAGUUCGAUAUAGGACCACCACUUAAACCACACACUAAAAAUGUAGGCACUGAAAAAGUGCUCCAUGUUUCAAAGCAAAACUUGCAGACCAAUAAGACUGAAAAAUCUCUUUCAAAAGAAGAUAAAAAUAUUUCCAAGCCAAAACCAGUUUCUAAUAUGAGCCCAAAAUCAAAAUCUAUAGAAGACAAACUGAACUCAAAGACUGACGAUGGCUUCCCUUUUCCAAAGAAAGUACGGCCCAAAAGUUGUGUAGAGAAAGAAUCAGCUAAAGUGAAGCCGACCACACGACCUGUUACCGCACCUGUAAAACGCUCUUGCUGCCAGUGGGGCCAACCACACUUGCCUGAAUACAAUGGUCUGCGUUCUGAGUAUGGUCUCAGUGCAGAACAGCUGAUGGAGAGAAAAAGACACAAAGUGGAAUCUUUAAAGAUUCAGAAGCAAAAACGAGAACAGAAGUUCAAAGAAGAACAGCAAAAGAGAAAGGAAAAUGAAGCAACAUUCAUAGAGUGGUUGGAGAAAAAAAGACACCAAGCACAGAUGCAAUUUUUGAGGAACAAAAAAUUACAGGCGGAGAGUGGAAUCAAGAUUUACCCUGCACCUACUUCACACCUGAAAAGGACUGGAGCCGUUAGGAGCAGAAAAAUGUUCAAGUCACAGCGGAAGUGUGUAUCACUGGAGGAGUUGCUGAACAAUGCCAAAACACAUGAAAAAAAGACUUAUAAAAUUUAUUUGGGUUUAUCUUUUGAAUAAAUAAACUUAAAUGAGCUAGGUGUUCUUCAAAUUUAUAGUGCUUGGCACUUCCAACCAUUAUAAACAGAACACAGCCAAAGUUAUUCUCCAGAUGGAAUUUGAACCAUAUAUUUUUCAAAGUGGAAUCUCGUAUUGUAAUAUUCCCUAUCAAUCUAAUUUAUAAUCUAUUAAUAAGAGAAAAGAUCGUAAUUUAAAAAAAUCAAUAGCAAUUUUUUAUUUAAAAGUGUAAGGUUUUUCCUUAAAUACAAAUUUUGGGAGUUUUCACAAGCUACUGGCAGUAAAAAGUAUAAGGUCACUCUAAGGGAAAAGAGAAAAAGUACUAGGUCUUACAGGAGCAACUUUUAGAAUGCUCUUCGACAGCUAAUUUUAAUACACAGGACCUAGAGCAGCCAAUAACGAAUAUUGUCCUGGCUACCUAUCACCAGUGAGAUAUAUACAUUCACGUUGCCUUUGCUUGUGCUAUUCCUGAACGUAAACACUAUUAAGAUCAAUGCUAUUAAAACUGAUCUCAUACACAGGGUUUUCAUGUAAGUUUUUUAUUAACCCUUUGACGUGAUUGACGUUUUGUUUUGUUAUGUCUCACAGCCUGUUGGUUAUGGUUUUAUUGUGGCUCUACCUUGCGGCCAAUUCUUGAACCAGUUGGAAACUAUUUAAAGAACGCUGUAGACAAAAUGAGAAACAUAUGUUUCUAUUGUUUUUCAUUCUGCUUGUUUUAUUUUGCUGAAUAUCUCAAUAUUCAACAGACUUCCAUCAGCUGAUUGCAUUUAUGGCGGCAUGAGUAAACACAAUGAUGGUACCAUUAUACUGGAAAGUUUUUAUGGAUUUUAUAAUGUUAUUAUAAUUGAUUUUAUUUAUAAAAUUGUUUGAUAUUGUAAUAUGUUAUCUCAAAGCUAUAUUAACUUUAAAAAAUAACAGCUUAGUACAGUGAAAUUGAUUGUUGGAUGGACAAUAUAUCCUUGUUGUCUGGCGGUUAUGAAUAAAUUUAAGCAUACAGAAAUUAUUAAAUAAAAACUAUUAUAUUGGAGUUGUAUAAUUUUGAGUGAAAAAUCAUGAAAAUCUGACCAAAAUUAGUCAAGACAUUGAGGCUUUACUAAAUGUUUGUGUAUUUAUGUUAGCUUAUUGUAAUAAAGCUCCCCCUCCACUAGCGAUCACCUUGUACGCUAAAACAACCACAUCAAAGGAUUAAUCAGUUACAAGCAAAAUAGUUUACAGUAAAUUUGAGUAAACAAAAUAUACAUGAAGAAUGAAGCAAAUUUAUUUUUAACGGUUUAAAAAUAUUUGGUUUACAAGAAACUGAGUACAACUUCCCAAA